ACCCGGCCCGCGAGGCCCUGGCCGCGCUGGAGCCCUACUCGCGGCUGCCCCCGCAAGGACACGUGGCACGGCCCGCCGACGUCGUGGCAGGCCCCCGCCACCUGUACACCUUUUUCCCGCGGCCCCACGGGGACAUGCACAGCCUGGUGCGCCGCCGCCGCCGCCUCCCGGAGCCCGAAGCCGCCGCGCUCUUCCGCCAGAUGGCAGCCGCCGUGGCGCACUGUCACCAGCACGGGCUGGUCCUGCGCGAUCUCAAGCUGCGGCGCUUUGUCUUCACCGACCGCGAGAGGACAAAGCUGGUGCUGGAGAACCUGGAGGACGCCUGCGUGCUGACCGGGCCGGACGACUCCCUGUGGGACAAACACGCGUGCCCAGCCUAUGUGGGACCGGAGAUCCUCAGCUCCAGGGCCUCCUACUCGGGCAAGGCAGCCGAUGUGUGGAGCCUGGGCGUCGCGCUCUUCACCAUGCUGGCGGGCCGCUACCCCUUCCAAGACUCAGAGCCUGCCCUGCUCUUUGGCAAGAUCCGCCGCGGUGCCUUUGCCCUGCCUGAGGGCCUCUCGGCUCCCGGCCGCUGCCUGGUCCGCUGCCUCCUUCGACGGGAGCCAGCUGAGCGGCUCACGGCCGCAGGCAUCCUGCUGCACCCCUGGCUGCGGGACAACCCGAUCCCCUCAGCUCCAUCCCGAUCCCACCUCUGGGCGGCUGACCAGGUGGUCCCCGAAGGGCCGCGGUUGGAGGAAGCUGAGGAAGAGGAGGGGGAAGCAGACGCGGGUCUGUAUGGCUAGGGAGCCCUAGACUCUCAGCUGCAAACAGUGGACUGAGUUUGGGGUAUCUCCAAGCUCUCUCCGGCCUUUUUUGCACUGAGCCGAACCUUAGUGCCUUCCAGAAGGGAGAAAGGAAGAGGCAUGUAUGCAGUGGGCUGUAUGCACACCUGUGUGGUUCCUCAUACCUGUGCACACAGGCUUGUGCAUUUAACACAUGCUUCUUGGGAGUUCACUGUGUGCCAAGCCCUGUUCUAGGCGCCGGGAACACAGCAGUGAGCAGAAGACAAAUCUCCCGCUCUCAGAGCUCACCACACUUUUCCAUGCCUGCAGGUGUGUCCGCACGGGGCCCUCCCAAUACAAGUGUCAGCAUCCACUCAUGCUGGUGCCCAGGCACUUCUGACCCUGGACAGUCCCUCUCACAAAUCCCUGUGCCAAAGCCUCCAGGCCUCCCCCUCACAACUCAGGACCCCAGAGCCCAGGCCGUGCUGGGAACUGUGCUCCCAGCAGCUGUCUUCUCCAUCCAGGCCCGAUCCAAGGAUUCGGGCUGGAGGCUUGCCGGUUCAAACCAUGCAGCUGAUCGUCAUCUAACUCAAGGACAGUUUGGAACGAGGGUCCACGGCUGUCCACCGCUGGCCUGAGCACCAGAGUUGAGGUUGGAGGAGGCGGGCUCUUCCUCCUGGCCUCCUGGAAAGUCUCAAGCCCUAUUCUGGGUUUUGGAUCAACAUUGUGGGUUUUGGAUACCGUAAGAAUGUAUUUUUACCUUUUGCCUAAUAAAGGAGUUAUGAGAUA